AUGCAUCGUGUCCUAUUGUUCAUGGCCUUAAUCACGUUGGUGGUUUCAAGGAGUGAGGAAGAGCAGUGUAGGGACAUGUUCGAGAGUUUCAUUGAAGGAAUGUCUCUGCAACCUUCUCCACAGUACUGUAGAGGAGUGAGCCACUUGAAUAAUGUCCUCAAGCUCACGUCCCCCAUUGCUAGUUUAGAGAAGAAGAAGAGGAAGGGAAAGGUAGGGAUCAAACCGUGUGAAUGCAUGGAGUCAGAGGUGACUUGGAAAUUAAAAUGUGUGAGAUGCGACCAAGAUCCAAGCACGAAUGUGUUCUAA